CUCUCCUUUUUGUCUUGUUCUAGGAUGUUUUUGUAUUUAGACAUGAACUUGCUCUUCUAAGAAUAUCUGCCUUUAUGGGUAUAAUAAUAUUAUGUGGAAUAAGUGGACUCUUUUACACUCAGCUAAUUGGUAUUUUCACUGACACAACAAGCAUAGAGAAAAUGUUGAACUGUUGUGAAGAUAUAUCGAGGCCCCGAAAGCCAUGGCAGCAGACCUUCUCAGAAGUUUUUGGCACUCGCUGGAAGAUCCUGUGGUUUAUUCCUUUCAGACAGAGGCAACCACUGCGAGUUCCCUACCACUUUCCCAAUCACGUCUAAACGGAUGGUGGGCACAGAUGGUUCCUCCAUGCUGGAAGUGCGUUACAGGUUUUAUGAUGAUAGGACUGUGACAGUCUUCAACUCAAUUAAAAACUACCCACCAAUUGUAGACAUCACAGCGUGUCCCAAAAUUUAUUUUAACUGUGGUCUUGAUUCUGGUCUGAAAUUAAUAUAUUUUGUGUGUUUACAUUUAGAUAUAUUCACUUUCAAAUUAGCUUUCCUAAAGGAUUUCAUUUGCCUUUGAAGUUAAUAGUAAAAAUGAAUGACUGGAAUGCAGUCUUAGAGUA